GCCGUGAUCGUCAAACACUAUUUUCCUGUGGGUAGGAGGCGAGGCAGUGCUGAAGACCCAAGUCCCCCAGCCCAGGGACCUUGCUAGGAUGGGGCCAGCAUGGCUGUGGCUGCUGGGAGCUGGGAUCCUGGUCUCUGUCCACUGUCAGCCCUUUCCUGCCCGUGGAGAUAAGAGCCUGAGGGUGCCUGAAGCCAGCCAUGGUCAGCUCUCAGAGACCCUCCCUGCCUACCAGAAAAUCACACCCACCCUUACCAGCUUCGCUUUGCGUCUGUACAAGCAGCUGGCAGCAGAAACCCCAGGAAACAUCUUCUUCUCCCCAGUGAGCAUCUCCAGCACCCUGGCCCUGCUCUCUCUGGGAGCACAAGCUGAUACCCGGACUCAGAUCCUGGAGGGCCUUGGCUUCAAUCUCACCGAGACCCCAGAAGCCGACAUCCACCGGGGCUUCCAGAGCCUCAUCCACACGCUUGACCUACCCAGCCCGAAACUGGAAUUGAAACUCGGCAACUCUCUGUUCCUGGACAUGCAGAUGAAGCCUCAGCAGCACAUUUUGGACAACAUCAGGGAGCUGUAUGGAGUUUUUGCCUUUUCUGCCAACUUCACAAACUCUGAUGCAACUAGGAAGCAGAUUAAUGACUAUGUGAGAAGGCAAACGUACGGGCAGGUCGUGGACUGCCUGGAGGAAUUCACCCAAGACACGCUUAUGGUUCUCUUGAAUUAUAUGUUCUUUAAAGCCAAGUGGAAGCAUCCUUUUGAUCGUUACCAGACCCGGAAGCAAGAGAGCUUCUUUGUGGAUGGGAGGACCUCUCUCCGCAUCCCCAUGAUGCACCAGAAGGCAAUGCACAGGUUCCUGUAUGACCAGGAGGUGGCCUGCACCGUCCUGCAGCUGGAAUACAGCGGGAGUGCUCAGGCCCUGUUGAUCCUCCCUGACCCGGGGAAGAUGGCACAGGUGGAGGCCACGCUGCAGCCAGAGACCCUGAAGAAAUGGGAUGAAUUGCUCCUCCCCAGCCUGCUGGAUUUGCACCUGCCUAAGUUUUCCAUUUCUGGAACAUAUAACCUGGAAGAGAUACUUCCUCAUAUUGGUCUCACCAGCUUAUUCCACUCAGAAGCUGACUACUCAGGAAUUACCGGGCAGCUCAACAGAACAAUCUCCAGGGUGUCACACAAGGCGACAGUGGACUUGAGUGAGCGGGGAACCGAGGCAGGCGUGGCCUCCGGCCUCCUCUCCCAGCCUCGGUCGCUGAAAGCGACGUCGGCCCCACACGCCCGUUUCAACCGGCCUUUCCUCCUGCUCCUUUGGGAGGUGACCACCGAGAGCCCACUCUUCCUGGGAAAAGUUGUCAACCCAGCUGCUGGGUGACCAUCGUGGGAGGCCAGGGGGUGUCUUGUCCCCUUUUUAAAAAACAGGAGGGCCAGCACCAGCCUGCAUCUCAGGGCUGCUGUGAGGACCAGUGAAUCACUGUGCAAAGAUGCUAAUAAAGUUGACCCUGGGUUUUGUGAA